AUGAACGAUAACGAAAUGCUUCCGCGCGAUGUAGUUCUUAUAACAAAUCGCGUAAAUAACGUGUCGGCGCAGGCCUUCCUAUUCGGUGGACUAAAUCUAUUUGGUGGAUGUAAUCCAUGUGCUAGAGGUGGAUAUGCUCCACAAUCAUAUGCUGCACCCUCAUAUCCAUCCUAUCCAGCCGCCUCAUAUUCAUCUUACCAAGCUCCAGCAUCUUACCCUUCAUACCAAGCUCCAGCAUCUUAUUCUUCAUACCAAGCGCCAGCAUCUUAUUCUUCAUAUCAAGCUCCAGCAGCCUCUUAUUCUUCGUAUGCUUCGUACCAAGCCCCAGCUCAAUAUCCUAGCUAUGGAGGAUAUGGUCAGGUGUCCAGCUAUCCGUCGGCAUCUUCAUACCAGUCAUACGGUGCUCCACAACCAUCAUUCAGUGCUUCGUCGUCCUCAUACAACGUCCAUCGCACGAUAUACACUCCACCACAGUCCUAUCACCCUCAAGUGAGCCAGGAAAUCGCUCCUCCAGCUUUCGAGGAGCCGGCCCCUCUCCCAGCUAAACCUGCUCCAGGAGCUUACGCUCAGCCUGCUGCUCCUGUAUUUGAUGCUCCUCCUCGUCCUGUAUACAAUGCUCCGCGAGAAACCGUUGUUGUGAAGGAAACUGUCGUUGAACCAGCUCCGGCACCAGCUCCGGCACCAGCUCCAGUAAGCUAUGAGCAGCCAGCUCCUCCAGCUCCGAACUACGAUUCCCCCGUUCAAAUUCAUCAGGAGAAAGCGAAGGUUAUCGCUGCUCCCGCACCACCCCCAGCCAACUAUGAGCAACCAGCUGUUCAAAUCCACACCUACGAUGCUCCGGCUAAAUUUCAACAAGAAAGAGUUGUCAAGGUAAAUGAGGUAGCUGCUUCAUCAUAUUCUGGACCAGAACCGGAAACUAGUGGAUACUGA